UUAGAAGUUAAUCCAUUCUAUAGAAUUGCUUUUCAUUCUGCAGAAGAUUUUCAAGCAAUAAAAUUAAAAAAUGCAUCAAAAAAUAGAUGUUGAAGUUUCCUUAUCAUCUCCAAAAUCAUCGUACAAUUUGAAUAUGUUGAAACAGCAAUUAUUGGAAAUAUUAUCAAACUGCGAACCCGCAGAGUUCGAAAAAGAUUUGGCCAAUAAUUAUAAAAAAAAUCCUGAUUUGGAGGGAAGCAUUCAGUCAAUAACAUUACCAGAAAAUUUAAAUGGGAAGCCUGAUGAUAUUGAGAGUUAUAAUUUUUACUUUUAUCACCUUUAUAGCAGAUCAUGUGAAGAUGAAAUGAUUGAUAACUUAGAUGACGAAGACGAAACAUGCGCAUCAAAUCACUGGAUUUUACCAAAUAAGGAAUUUGAAGGACUUUAUGAAAGUUUAGUUUACGAUAAUCACAUUAAAGACGAAAUAUUAAGAUUUGCUCAAAGUGCCAUAAUUUUUGGAAAUUAUAAUGUUAAUAAGAACCUAAUUAGUUGUAAUCGACUUAUAUUACUACAUGGACCACCAGGAACCGGGAAGACAAGUUUGUGCAAAGCAAUUGCUCAUAAGUUAUCAAUACGUUUAAAUUCAAUCUACAAGUUUACACAUUUUAUUGAAAUAAAUAGCCAUAGUUUAUUUUCAAAAUGGUUUUCGGAAAGUGGAAAACUUGUUGCAAAAUUGUUUGCCAAAAUUCGAGAAAUGAUUUCACAACCAAAUAGUUUAGUGUGCGUUCUGAUUGAUGAAGUAGAGUCUAUAGCAUAUGACAGAGGCAGUUUAUCUGGUGAACCUAAAGAUGCCCUGCGAGUGGUUAAUGCUGUUUUAACUCAAUUAGAUCAAUUGAAACAUUAUUCUAAUGUUAUGGUGUUUGCUACUUCUAAUUUAAUGGAUACUAUCGACAUAGCUUUUAUUGAUAGAGUGGACUUGAAAAAACUUAUUACUUUCCCAUCUGCAAAAGCAAUAUUUAAUAUCUACAUUUCGGCAAUAAAAGAUUUAAGCAGAGUUGGUUUAAUAAAUGUACUGGAUAAUAAUAUAAAAACAUUUGAUGAUCUACAACUCAUAAAUAAAGCAGAUAAUACCAAAACUGAUGACCUUCUAAAGGAGAUUGUUGAUGCAAGCGUUGGGCUUAGUGGCCGAGUUCUUAGAAAAAUUCCAUUUUUAGCUCAUACAUCUAUUCAUCAUUCACCAACUCAAAUAAAUAAAGUAAAUCUUGAUUGUUUUUUAAGUUGUAUGUUAAAAGUUAUACAUGAAAGAAAAAGUGCAAAUUAAAUAAUACCAUAAAUUUUAUAAAAAAAAAAUUUACUUAUAAAAAUUUGAUUUAUACACAAUUUGGUAAUCGCAACAAAAUUGUUGACAAUAAAUGAGAACCUAAAC